CGCAGACCUCUCCGACUGGCAACACUUCACUUUGAACUUAGUCAUAGAGAGAGAUUCAAAGCUCUCAUCCCUUCUUAUCCGAUAUGAUAGGUUUAGGGUCUAUGGGCAGUGGAGUGGGAGGAAACUCAUCGUCAUCAACUUCAAAUUUAUCAGCUUUAGCCCCACCGUUUACUGUUGAAAGAUCAAACCCUAAACUCAGUUCUAUCCCAAUUUUGCAUUUCUCGGAUUCAUCUUAUACUACGGCACCCGAUAGCCAAACAUGGCAAUAUCCACACCCUCCAGCUCCUGGACCUGAAUUAAAUAUUGACUCCACUAUAAUGGAAAACUUUCCUUUGGUGUAUUCCAGUCCCGGUCCUAUUUGCCCGCCUAGUAUUGAUUGGUCUGUGCCCAUUAGCCCGCCUAGUACCAGUUGGUCUGCUUUGAGCACUAAUGCUAAAACUUCGACUGAUGUUUUUUCAUAUGCUGGUGAGGUCAAGCCUUAUCAUUCCCCUUAUGUUUCUAAUAUGGUUGGCAAAGAUAGCCCGUCGGUUGUCGAAUAUGGACCCUUUUAUGAUCCGAGGCUCACCUCUGCACCAGAUUUCUCCCCUCAAGUUGAUUACGUUCAGAGCUUGUCUGGCUUGGAAUACACUCCACAGUGGGAUGAUGCUUGGGCAUUUGAUGAUGGGAAGAAGGCUAAAAGGGUUGAACUUGAUGGGAGUUUUUCUUCCAAGAAGGUGAAUAUUGGUGAUUCACUUGCUUCCAAAAGUUAUAUUAGCCCAGGAGUUCAUAGUAUUGAAUAUGGGAAUACCUGUAAAGAAGAUUUUGGCAUAUCAUAUGGCACAUUCAAUCAUGUUUCUGGAAGAGAGAACCAUAUCGGAUCUUCGACAGUUGGACAUAUGGAAGACAAAUCAUGCUUGGAGCAAAAUCUUAGCUUCCUUCCUUAUGAAUCUUCUAGAAAGCCUAAGUUGAUGUCCGGUUCUGCAUAUCCUGAAUCUCUCUCUCUAGAGCUGUCUUUUAAAAGGUCUAGGAACUACUCAGACUAUCAAAAGCUGAACAUUCCACAUGAAAAAUGUUUCCAUCCCCUUGAAUCAUCCUUUAGUGGUUCUACAUCAGUAACAAGAUCUACCCCGGCUGUGGUCCUUAGGCCUCCACCUGCUGGAAAUAGUUUAUUAGCAGAAAACGCUACUAAUAAAACGGUGGAUGUUGACAACAUUUCAGGCAUCCUCAAGGCCAAAUUUGAUGACAGUAAUAGUGCAAAACAGAAUGAUCUGUGCCAAAAACCAAUAGAAGGUUCCUUUGAUGCAGGCCAAUUCAUAUCUCACAAGAAAGGUAAUGAUCACAUAUUUUUUGCACCUCCUUCAGUUAAGGAAUUGUCGAGUCAAGUGCUCUCUAAGGAAAUCUUAGAUAACAAAAUCAAAGCAUGUUGUGGAUAUCAUCUGCCUGAUACAAAUGUCUCAAAUGGCGUCUCUUUGGCUGUUAACAGUUUUCAAGUUGCGAAGUCUACUGAGAAUUCUUCAUAUUGCUUAGAUAAUUAUACUCCUGCAGUUGACUCGCCCUGCUGGAAAGGAGCACCAGUUUCUCAUUUUUUGCCGUUUGAUGAUGCUGAAGUUGGCAAUUCACCUUGCUUGAAGAAGAAAUCUGAAGAACAAUACGAUUUUGAUCAUGAAGCGCAAUUGCUUUUCCUCUCAUUAAACGAUUCCAAGAGAGCUUCCUCUCAAAAGCCAUUCGAAGGCCAUAAGAGUGAUAAAAAUCGAAGUGCAGGAAAUAUUGUGCCACCUUCUUCUGAGACAAGCUGGGAUGCUAAUUGUCCAACUAUAGAAGAGAGUUCAACAGAUGCUUUAAAAGAUGGAUUUGAGAUUUCAUCUAUGAAUAGCAGUAAAGGAGUUAGGAUAUCUAGUCCACUUCACAAACCUAGAAAAGAAUUUGUCCUGAACGACUCAGUGAGUGGUUACGACGAGAAAAUAACCAACGCAAAGCAUUCCAGUGCUGAAGCGAGUGAUAUCCCACAUAGAAAGCUUGGUUUACAGGCUAGUACUGCUAAUUCUGUGAUGACCUCUAAUGAUUCUUCUGAAGGUGGCGCUGUUGCAUUUCAUGCUGCAGAAAAUGUCUUAUGUUCUCCUUCUCAGGAAGAUGCUUCUGAGGAUGCAAAAGUAGGACCUGGUCCAAAUUUGGAUGUUCAAUCAAUUGUUAAUGCAAUUUGUGCCCUUUCAGAGUUGCUUGUGAUGAAUUCUAAAAAUGAUGCAAUUGCUCUGAAAGAACAUAACAUUGACGCCCUUAAGCACGUGAUCAGCAAUCUUGAGGCAUGUAUGACUAAGAAAAUUGUUCAUAGAACUUUGAACGAGGAUCCAAUUGUUUCCACAGGAGACAUUUUGGGUAAAAUUGUGGAUACUCAUGAUAUGGCUACUGUUGCAGGCAAGCCUCAAGUUACAAAUGAAGCUCUGAACUCUCGUGCACAUUUUGAUUACCAGCAACUUCCUCAAGUUACAAAUGAAGCUCUGAACUCUCAUGCACAUUUUGAUUACCAGCAACUUCAUGAAGAGAAGAGAUAUCACCUUUUUCCUGGUAAGAAAGCUGAGAGCUCAUCGCUUCUUUCACCCUUAAUGGGUGAUGCGGACUUAUCAACAGACGAUAAUAUGGCCCAGGCUAUAAAGAAGGUCCUCGAUGAGAAUUUCCUCUAUGAUGAAGAAAUGGACCCGCAAGUGUUUCUCUUCAAAAACUUGUGGCUCGAGGCAGAGGCUAAAUUAUGUUCCAUCGGCUAUAAAGCUCGCUUCAAUCACAUGAAGAUUGAAAUGGAAAAGAUCAAAUCCAACAAGAAGGAAGGAAACAUCGCAGUUGUCGAGAAGAUGUUGAAAUUUCAGAUUUCACCUAAUCCAAGAACAGAUUCCAAUCGGCCACCUAUGGAUCAAGAUGGUGCAUUUCCGAAACUCGCAGUCCAGAAUGCUUCUGUUCCUAGUACAAGUGGCAAUGCUGAUGAUGCCGUGUCUGUGAUAGGAAGAUUCCAUAUAUUGAAAUCUCGGAAAGACAGCAAAAAUUCUGUAAAUACAGAAGAGGACAUGCAAGAAAUGGUUGAUUGUAUGAGUAUCUCAUUUAGAUCGACAAAUUCAUUUGAAAAUUGGCUUUGCGGCGUCCUAGACGAUUCUCUAUGA